GUGAGGGACAUUGUGAGGGUCUCACAGGGCGAGGGACGCUGCGGGGGGGUCCCGCAAGGCUGAGGACCCUCAUGGCGGGAUGGUUGCGAUGGCACCUGGUGCCCAGGCGCUGCUGACAGACUCCAGCCUUCCCGCCUGCUUUCCCUCCCGCUCUUUCAACUAACUCUGCGAGGGGCCGGGGUGCAGGCGGCUCCGAGACCCCCUCGUCCCGUCUGCCCUGGCUGCCUGCGGCAUCUCCUGCACUUCGGGGGGACAUCAGCUCCCCCACGGCCGGUGCAGUCCCGUUCCUCCAACUCUGAGGCAGGUUUUGGUGUGGGGGCUUGAGGCCUAGCGCCCGGUCCGGCUUCGACGGUUGACGAAAGCCCUGACCCCGACACGCUUGUCAGCGACCUGCGAGCUUGUCCCGUGUCUUGGAAACUUGACAAAGCUCCUGCGCUCACCGCUGCCCGUGGCAGCGAGUUCUCCCGGAUCGGUGCGUGCUCCCUGUUGCUCUUGCUGGGGUUUUGCCUUGAGAGAUGGUGAGGACAGAAACAACAAGGCUGAUGUCUCUGAGCUUCUCAGCGUUUCUGGCUCCAGACAAAUGAAUAGAGAGUUGAGUACAGAAGAGGGACAGAUUCCAGUUUUCCAGUUGAUCACCUUGUACACAGGAGUGAGCUGGUGCUGCAGCAGGCAGAGCUGGGGGUAAUGAGGACAUUCCCUACCUGCAGUGGAGCUCUUGAACUGUCAGCGUGUGGGCUGAAGGAGAAGAACCCUUGAGAUCAACACUGGGGGAAAGAAGAAAAGUAGCAGAGGAGUCGAUGUGUGAUGCACGGCAGGUCUGAGCCAAGGAGCCGAGGUGCAGAAGUGCUGGUGAAAAAGAGACUUGGCAAUAGAAACUGUCUAUUCAAGACUGCACAGAUAAAGCAGAGGAGCCACUACCACGCGCUCCCUGACAUCCUUUGCCGUUCAUCAGGAGGGAGCCUGUGUGACAGAGGAAUGGUAGAGCAUCAGCCGCGGAGCAGCGAUGACAGAGACUGACAUUCAUACGAGUCUCUUCUGGCUCCUUCUCCACAAGGCUGGUGCCUCUGCAUAUUCAUUGGAUGGUAAUGCAGGAUGUUGAGAGCAGCGGUAGAGUUUGGCUUGAUCCCAUUGUGUUUUUCUUCUGCCGGUUGAGACUUUGAAUCACCAUGACAACGCUGUGACACUUCCAGCAACGGCUGACUGCAGACCAGGGGUGGGCUGGGGGUGGGUGAGAAGGUCAAUGAUUGAGUCUAACGGGAUCAAAAGUUGCGCCUGCAGCAAAACAACUGUAGAAAAGCCGUCAGCACGACAAGAAGAUGAAAUUCCCCUUCUAUUGGCUUCUUGUUAAGCAGGCACAAUAACAUUUUUUUUCGAGAGACUUGCUAUAAAAACUUUUUUGGUUAUGGCUACUGAUCCAACGUGAUUGGGCGUGCAGCGAUUUUUUGAACUCAUGACUGGAUAUACGAUGUUGCGGAAUGGGGGAGUGGGGAACGGAGGCCAGCCGUGGGUGUUGAGAUGGUCCAGUCGGAUCCGGCUCACCUGGCUUAGUUUCACCCUCUUCAUUAUCCUCGUCUUCUUUCCCCUCAUUGCCCACUACUACCUAACCACCAUUGAUGAUGCGGACGAUGCCGGCAAGCGCAUCUUUGGCCCUCGGACCGGCAAUGAGCUGUGCGAGGUAAAGCAUGUGCAAGACCUGUGCCGCAUCCGCGAGUCGGUCAGCGAGGAGCUGCUCCAGCUGGAGGCCAAGCGGCAGGAGCUCAACAGUGAGAUUGCCAAGCUCAACUUGAAGAUUGAGGCCUGCAAAAAGAGCAUUGAAAAUGCCAAGCAGGACCUGCUGCAGCUGAAGAACGUCAUCAGCCAGACUGAGCAUUCCUACAAAGAGCUGAUGGCUCAGAACCAGCCCAAGCUCUCCUUGCCCAUCCGGCUGCUGCCAGACAAAGACGAUGCGACUUUCCCCCUGCCAAAAUCCAACCGGAACUGCAGGCUACACAACUGCUUUGACUACUCGCGCUGCCCGUUGACAUCUGGCUUUCCAGUCUAUGUCUACAACAGCGACGAUUACCCUUUUGGUAGUUCCUUAGACCCUUUAAUUAAACAAGCCUUUGAGGCAACUGUCAGAACUAAUGUUUAUGUUACUGAAAAUGCAAACAUUGCUUGUGUGUAUAUAAUUUUAGUGGGGGAAAUGCAAGAGCCUGUAAUGCCAAAACCUACUGAACUAGAGCAACAGUUGCACUCUUUGCCAUAUUGGAGGACUGAUGGACAUAACCAUCUCAUCAUCAGUUUAUCAAGGAAAUCGGAAACUCAGAACUUCAUUUACAAUAUCAGCACAGGGCGCGCCAUGAUUGCCCAGUCCACCUUUUAUGAUGUGCAGUAUCGACCGGGGUUUGAUAUUGUGGUAUCGCCUCUGGUCCAUGCUAUGUCUGAACCCAACUUCCUAGAAAUCCCACCCCAGGUGCCAGUCAAGCGUAAAUAUCUGUUUAGUUUCCAGGGGGAGAAGAUCGAGUCUCUCAGAUCUAGCUUGCAAGAGGUUCGCUCUUUCGAAGAGGAAAUAGAAGGCAAUGCCCCAGCUGACUACGACGAUCGGAUCAUUACCACCUUGAAGGCUGUUCAGGACAGCAAGUUGGACUUUGUUUUGGUAGAGUUCACGUGUAAGAACCAGCCUAAGGCGAGUCUGCCCACUGAGUGGGCUCUGUGUGGAGAAAGGGAUGACAGACUAGAGCUACUGAAGCUAUCUACUUUUGCACUGAUAAUCACCCCAGGGGACACCCGUUUAGUGAUCUCCGCCGGGUGUGCCAUGAGACUAUUUGAGGCUCUGGAAGUUGGAGCCAUCCCGGUGGUUCUCGGAGAGCAAGUUCAGCUACCCUAUAACGACGUGAUCCGGUGGAACGAGGCAGCCUUAAUCAUACCAAAGCCACGUAUCACAGAAGUGCACUUUCUUCUGAGAAGCAUUUCUGACAACGAUCUCCUUGCCAUGAGGAGGCAGGGCCGCUUCUUGUGGGAGACCUACUUCUCCACCUCUGACAACGUGUUCAGCACAGUCUUAGCUAUCAUAAGGACUCGAAUCCAAAUCCCGGCUGCUCCUAUCCGAGAAGAAACUGCUGUGGAGAUUCCUCACCGGUCUGGCAAAGCUGCUGGUACGGACCCCAAUAUGGCAGACAAUGGUGACCUGGACUUGGGGCCUGUGGAAACAGAACCACCCUAUGCAUCUCCCAAAUAUCUCCGCAAUUUCACCCUCACUGCAAUGGACAUCUACAGGAAUUGGAAUUCUGCUCCAGGGCCUUUCCACCUCUUCCCCUACACUCCCUUUGACCCUGUUUUACCAUCAGAAGCAAAAUUUUUGGGGUCUGGGACUGGAUUUCGACCAAUUGGUGGAGGAGCAGGUGGCUCUGGGAAGGAGUUCCAGGCUGCUUUGGGUGGCAAUGUCCCCCGAGAGCAGUUCACAGUAGUGAUGUUGACUUAUGAGCGGGAGGAAGUGUUGAUGAACUCCCUAGAAAGGCUCAAUGGUCUCCCGUACUUAAAUAAAGUUGUGGUAGUGUGGAACUCUCCCAAGCUUCCCUCUGAGGAUCUCUUGUGGCCAGACAUUGGCGUCCCAAUCAUGGUUGUCCGCACAGAGAAGAACAGCCUGAACAACCGGUUCCUGCCGUGGGAUGAGAUCGAGACAGAGGCCAUCCUGUCCAUCGACGAUGAUGCUCACCUGCGCCACGACGAGAUCAUGUUUGGGUUCCGCGUCUGGAGAGAGGCAAGGGACCGCAUCGUUGGCUUCCCGGGGCGCUACCACGCGUGGGACAUCCCCCAUCAGUCCUGGCUCUACAACUCCAACUACUCUUGCGAGCUCUCUAUGGUGCUCACUGGUGCUGCCUUCUUCCAUAAGUACUACGCUUACUUGUAUUCCUACGUGAUGCCGCAAGCCAUCCGUGACAUGGUGGAUGAAUACAUCAACUGCGAGGACAUCGCCAUGAACUUCCUGGUCUCUCACCUGACGAGAAAACCUCCCAUAAAGGUGACCUCCCGCUGGACUUUCCGCUGCCCCGGGUGCCCUCAGGCGCUUUCGCACGACGACUCUCACUUCCACGAGCGACACAAGUGCAUCAACUUCUUUGUCAAGGUGUACGGGUACAUGCCCCUCCUGUACACCCAGUUCCGCGUGGACUCGGUCCUCUUCAAGACCCGCCUGCCUCACGACAAGACAAAAUGCUUCAAGUUCAUCUAGAAGUGGGAGGCAGCCGGGCGCCCUCGGCUCUCCGAACUUUGGCCGGCGGCGGGUGAAGGCAGAGGGUGGCUUUUUGGUGGGGCUGCGAGUGCAAAACGCCUUUUGCUAUUGACUCCGGCCUCCCUCCCACGGAGCGAAAGGGACGUCCUGGAUUUGGACGGGCACGUUUCCCCCUCCCUUCCCGCUUUCCCCACAGCGACUCGACUGAGUGACAGGGAACAGGAUCUCACAGCUUCUGUAAAGACACUCCCUACGAUCGUACACUGAGGAAUGGCAUGUUGGCUAGUGGCUCUGCCCCUUCACUAGCCAAGGGCAACCAUUCUUUUUAAUUAUAAUUAUUGUUAUUUAAAAUGAAAGUGUUUUAGAUUUGCUGCGUGAGGCUUUCUUUUUUUUUCUUUUUUUUUUCUUUUUUUCUUUUUUUCUUUUCCCCCAUCCCCUUUUCCCCUCUGGACCUGUGUGCCCACUCGGGCUGGAGGCGUUUGAGUGCAGAGAGGUUAUUCCCAGCAUCAAGGCAGCUCCGGUCACCACUGUCAUCCCCGUCCUUUCUCCCAUGGGGCAGCCCUUGUCCUCCUCCCCUCCUGCACACCACGUCCUGGCUCAUCUUGCUCUGAGGACUUUAAGGUGUCAUCCGGUGACAAGCUCUUUGCUCUACUCUGCUCACUACCCUGCCCUCGGAGAGGGGUGAACAGGGAAGAGUUUGGCCCCAGAGGGUCCUUCCCCAGCUCCCAGCACCAUGCCGGGUCCCAUGCUGCAACCACGGGGCAGUUUGGUUGCCACAGACUCCUUCUCGGUGUCCUUUUCCGCCCUGUGUGGCAUAUCGCAGCCGCUGCUAAACCUCCGAAGAUGGGGAAUGUGUCUGGGGCUUCGGAAUGGUCCGUCAGCAGCAGAGUGGGGGCUGGCAAUGCCCCAGGCUCGUGCGUUUGAGUGGGCUGCCUUGGCCUGCGGUUUUCUACAGCCGCUGCAGUGUCCAAGCCAGCUCUAGAGAGUCUGAGUGUGGCCUGGGCUUCUCACAAGCACUUGGGGACUUUUCCUCCUGCCCUUCAAGGCCCUGGAAAGCUGUUCCAGCAGCACCCUGAGAUUGGCCUUUGCUGAUAAAAUAAACCUUUUUCCCCAAAGCCUCCAAGCAUGAAUGCAGUCUGUCGAGAGCCGGCUCUUCGCAGUGCCUGGUCCCUGCCGGGGCAGCAGGCAGUAGUUCAGCUUACAGUGCUGGUGCGAUGGCAGUCGGGGUGUUGGGGCCUUCUCUUGAGAUCGUUUCGCGUUUUGCAGAGCGGAGGAAGGAGAAGACGCUGACCCUUAAUUUGUGCGUGGCCAAGCAGAGCCAAAGCGAAGCGCCAGCCCAGCCCGUGCGUGCUGGAGCCGGGGCUGCUCCGUGGGCCGGAGUCCCUGCUCUGCCUCAUCCCUCGUCCCCCAUCCCACAGCGAAAUGUGCCGACGUCGGGUUUGCCAGUGGGCCUCAGCAUAACUGCCUUAAACCCCCAUCCCAGCCACACUCACGCCUGGCUUUGGGCUGCGUUUGAAGGUGAAUCCCGCCCAGAGCUUUCCUUCACGUGAGCCAGGAGACGCUGCUGGGAUCGUGUUCACGGGGCUGUUCUCGGAGCUGGUCUCUCUCCCACCAAAGCCAAACGCCAUUAUGUCCAUGUGAUCGCUCAACUUGCUGCUCGGUUCUGCUUCGAUCCUGGCCUGUAACGAGAGGGAAGGACACGGGUUGUCCUCUUUUGUGUGAUGUUCUCCUUCAGCGUGUCUCAGAUGUUUAAGGGCAGCCUGGAGAAGCUCUUGCUGGGUAGACGGGAAGGUGAAACUUGUGCGAUUCGCCUCGAUGUCCCCGGCAUUCCUGGCUCCGCUUCCACUGAGGCAGGACGCAGCUCAGCAUCCCGGCACCCUGCAGCAGAAGGAUGUCACCGCCUGGUUGUGUCUCGGGUGUCUCCCAGAAGAGGAGGAGCAGGGAUGGUCCGUCAGCAGCUCCUGGGCUCAGUCCUGCCCGCACUCCUCUCCUGCAGCCUGCACCACGUUUCGGGGUGCUCGGUGGCCUCUCCAGUUUCAGCCAGUUUGUCAUGUCAGCCCCGCAGGUGGGGGUCACCACCACUUGCUCCUUGGGAAGGGGAAGGGAAGGGCCAGCCUGUCCCCAGCAGAGCCAGCGGCUUGUGCCUUCACCAGCGCUACAGACCGCAGCGAAAUACGGCUCAAGGUACCUGUUCCUCUCCGUAUGGUUCUUUUCCUUUCCGCUCUCUUUUUGUUUUAACAUCAGGUGCUCAACACGCAGCAUGCGAAGGCUCACAGUCUCCUUAAAAAUGGGAUUGGAGACCCCUGCGAGGCCCCGAAACCCCUGGAAGGAUGUUUUCUGCCCCUGCUCAGAGUGGAAACGUGGCACUUGGCAGCAGCUGCACCAGCUUCAGCAUCCCCGAGGGGCCUGACACUCCUCUGCUGCUGGCUUUAAAUCUCCCCUCGUUACUAGGUGGUUCGUUAGCAGCGACGCAGUCGCUCGUGUACAGCACAAGUCCCUGGUGUCAGCCAAGGGCGGAGGCAGCUCUGCCUUUGCCACCCCUCUGCCUGCACAGCAGGAGUCAAACAGGAGUAAGGCUGGAUGCAGGCACGGAUUGCACUUUAUAUAGAGAUAUGCUUCUCAGCAACUGAUUUUCAAAAAUCUUAAGGGAAAUUGUAUUAUUCUGGUGAGAGACAGUAAACCAGGGAGCUUGGAAAAUGCAGAUGUGAUGUGAAGUUGUCGUUUGCAUCGUGGGGGCUCGGGGUUUGCCGAGCCUCGUUGCUUGGCUGCAGUCGGAGCUGGCGGCGAGCCCGAGGUUGGGGGUUUCUUCCUUUGUGUUGAUGCGUUUCAGUUCAAGGCCAGUAGAGAUGUAGAGAUCAGCGGUGGAAAUCCAAAGGGUUCUUCCUCCCAGGCUCUUGACAUGCUCGCCUCUUGCCCAAAGUGUUUUUGGAGGAUCCCGAGCACUGCGGGAGCCAGGGGUCAGACCUGGAGCAUCGUGGUUGAGUGGGGAGAGGCUGUGCGAUGGGAUCACUGUGCGGGUCGUGGGAUGGUUUCACCUUGUUGAGACCCCCCCCAAAGGGGAAGGAUUUGGGGGCGAAGGGGUAAAUGGUUGCUCCGAGUCGCUGACAGCAGCUCAGGGGGGCCGUGCAGGACAGCAGCAGUGGUGGGAGGGAUUGGGUGCCAUGAGGAAACUAAACGGCCAGCGCGAGCAUCUCCUUCCCCACCCGCAGGGCUGGUGCUGUCCCGCCCGCUCCUCUGCUGUUGGCUCUUUCCCAAAUCUGCCCAAACAGACACCAAAACCCCUCUGGGGUACAGACCAGUGAUUGACACCCCAACUUUCUGCUCCUGAGACAUCCCAGGAUCUGAGCUGUCCUUAGGCUUCCUCCACCAUCAGGGAGGAGAGGGGCAUUUCUGGAGCGCUCCAGCCCGUGCCACCGUCCCCAACGCCCUCCUUUGCCCCUUGUCGCUCUCCCGUGAUUUUCAGGGAGCCCCAGGGUAACUCCGAAGCUCAGGUUAGCUUGUAUGAUUCGUCCCAGCUCCGGCACGGAGCAGCCUGGGGCACGCGAUCUCACCGCCCCAGCCCCGAGGAGACGGGAAGGUCUCCUUCGGCAGCUGCGCCUUUCCCCAGGGAGGGGCCUCUUCCCCUUUCCAAUGUUUCUGCCGCUUCACCCAGGACCGGGGGUCGCAGUCGGCGGGUGCUGGGUGCAGAGUGAGAUCUUUCUCAUGUUCGCUGUAAAUAGCAUUGUCUGCGGUGACACGGACCCCCCCCCCCCGGACCCCGUUCGUGUCGCACAGCACAGCCCCUGCCCUCGCCUGCGCCGUGGUUGUGCUAACUGCUCCGUGAGCACCAGGUUUAAAAAACAAAAACAAAAACCGAGAGAAAAGAAACACUCCUUCACCACGAGCACAAUGUUGAGGUUUUUUUGUAAAAGGAUCCAAUAAAUGGAGAGUUUAACUU